AUGAAGGAGGGCAACGAUGGGUUUGUCCGCGCGGAUCAGAUUGAUCUCAAGAGCCUUGACGAACAACUUGAGCGCCAUCUCAGUAGGGUUUGGACUAUGGACAAGAACAAGCGAUCUGAAGAUUCCAAUCUUCCUCCAUCUGCUGCUGGUGCUGCUGUUCCAACUACUACUACUUCCCUUCACGCUUCAAAACCUACUUCCAUGGCCGCCGCUACCGCCGCCACCGCCGCCUUGACUAAGGACAGGCGGGAAUGGGAGAUCGACCCUUCUAACCUUGUUAUCAAGGGUGUCAUUGCUCGUGGUACCUUUGGGACAGUCCACCGUGGUGUCUACGAUGGCCUCGAUGUCGCCGUUAAGCUGCUUGACUGGGGUGAAGAGGGACAUAGGACAGAAGCUGAGAUUGCCUCACUAAGAGCUGAUUUCACACAAGAAGUUGCUGUUUGGCACAAGCUUGAUCAUCCUAAUGUAACUAAGUUCAUAGGUGCAACAAUGGGCUCAUCAGACUUGCAUAUACAAACUGAGAACGGUCAAAUUAACAUGCCUAAGAACAUAUGCUGUGUUGUUGUGGAAUAUCUUCCUGGAGGUGCACUGAAAUCUUACCUUAUAAAGAAUCGCAGACGGAAGUUAGCUUUUAAAGUAGUUGUCCAGCUGGCGCUUGAUAUGGCUAGAGGGUUAAGUUACCUUCAUUCACAGAAGAUAGUUCACAGAGAUGUGAAGACGGAAAACAUGUUACUGGAUAAGACACGCACUGUGAAGAUUGCAGAUUUCGGGGUAGCUCGUGUCGAGGCUUCAAACCCUAAUGAUAUGACUGGGGAGACAGGGACACUCGGAUAUAUGGCUCCUGAGGUUCUGAAUGGAAAUCCGUACAACAGAAAAUGUGACGUGUAUAGUUUUGGUAUAUGUUUAUGGGAGAUCUAUUGUUGCGACAUGCCCUACCCUGACCUUAGUUUCUCGGAAGUGACCUCAGCUGUUGUCCGCCAGAAUCUGAGACCCGAGAUACCAAGAUGUUGCCCGGGCGCUCUGGCAAACAUAAUGAAGCGAUGUUGGGAUGCCAACCCUGACAAGCGGCCUGAGAUGGACGAGGUUGUAUCAUUGUUGGAGGCUGUUGACACAACAAAAGGCGGUGGCAUGAUCCCCCCCGACCAACAAGGCGGUUGCCUCUGCUUCCGCAGAACCCGAGGUCCUUGA